AUGGUCAAAUACGUUUUCCUUGCACUUCAUGCAAUCUUAUUGUCGUUAGUUGCAGUUCUAGUUAACAAAAGGGUUUCAGAACCAUACAUGUUACUGAGUAGCUUUGGAAAUGUAUUUUGGCCGAGAAAGGAUGAAAUUUUUCAUAUACCACAGGCCCAACGUUAUUGCGAAGGAGAUUAUCGGAGCUGGGACCCGAAAUUAACUACACCUCCAGGCUUAUAUUUGAUAAGCAACGUUAUCAUCAUUUUACCAUUUCUUAAUUGCUCUACUUCGAUUCUGCGUGCAAUCAAUCUUGGAUUUUCGCUUGGUCUUUAUCUGGUGAUAUGGCGAAUCCUUGCACGAUUGCAUCCAUAUCAAAACGAUUAUAUUCGUAGUUUCAAUGCGUUCACACUGAGUUUAUUUCCGGUUGGGUGGUUUUAUAAUUUCUUGUAUUAUACCGAUUCCGGAUCUACUUUUUUCGUGCUCUUGGCUUAUUUGAUGGCCAUUGAGAAAAAGAUAAAGACUAGCGCUUUGAUGGCUACAACCAGUAUAUUUUUUAGACAAACAAAUGUAAUUUGGUUACUUUUCAUACUGGGCGUAUCGAUUGUGAAUGUGUUGUCUGAUACAGAGAAAAAUCAAAAAUCUGAUGGGAAUAAACGAUUAUUGAUAGUCAAAGCUAUAAAUAUAGAUUCGUUGGAACAAGCUUUUCAACAAAUCGCAAAUCUUGUUCGAUUGGCACUACAAAAUGUAAUAUUCCUUUUGAAAUCUUUUUUCCCAUUUCUGAUCAGUCUGAUUGGGUUUGCGAUAUUUCUUAAAUGGAACGGUGGCGUUGUCUUGGAAUAUUUAUCGUCGUCACGUAAGCGUCAAAUACCUAUUGAUCCCCGUUUACGUGAUUCUUACAAAAAUCCUAUGGGCUUCAUUAGGUUACAUAUUCGACAGCCAACUACGUCAUCUUCAACUAAUACUGCGCCAGGCGCACAACGUCUAGUUAUAGAGUUUCUGUUGUAUACGUGUGUGAAUUUUGUUACUUGUUUUUUGUUUUUAUGGCGUCCGUUUGUUUGGAAGCAGGAGGAAGGCAAAUUGCAACGUUUCAUUUGGUGA